AUUUACCUUUCCUCCCCCGCCCCGAGCCCGCUCCUUUGUCCACCUCCCUUUGAAGUGCUAUGGAGUCGCCGGGGUGGGAGCGUUGUUGUUCGCUAGCGAAGGAUCAGUCAUGACGGGGGGAGAGUAGCAAGCGUACGGGGGGCUGGGGACGGCAAGAGGUGGAGGAGGCGAGGAGGAGAGAUUGUUCCGAGGAUCGCCGUUUGCUUCCCAGUUUCUCUGCAUGGACCGUGAAGAAACGCGUUGAGUUGACCCUGUCGGAGCUGUUUCAGCUUCUACAUGUGAGAUCGGCUGGUUUAUUCUCUCCACCUAUCUCUCUCCAGCUUCCUUCCCUUAUUCUCCACUUACUCCUGUAUGCAAAAUGGUGGACCCUGUGGGGUUUGUAGAGGCUUGGAAAGCGCAGUUUGCAGACUCUGAGCCUCCUAAAAUGGAGCUGAAAUCCGUGGGAGAUAUUGAACAGGAGCUGGAGAUGUGCAAAGCGUCCAUCCGGAGACUGGAGAUGGAGGUCAACAAGGAGAGGUUCCGCAUGAUUUACCUGCAGACUCUUCUGGCAAAGGAGAAAAAAAGCUAUGAUAGACAGAGAUGGGGCUUUAAACGUGCUUCUCAGUUGCCUGAAGGGGGUGCUGACCAGCAGGUCCAAGACCUGCCUCAUCACCAGUCUGCUGACCAAGAUGAACAUGAAAAAAGCAAGUCGCACCAUGGGGAGGAAAAGUUCAAACCCAGGAUGCCUUCUGUGCGAAAGCUGUCUACCCAGAGCGAUGGGUCAGACCUGUCACCUUUGGACAGUCCCCAUCACGGAGAAGGAGAACAGGACAGGUGUAAGUAUUAUGGCGAGGAGAAAUUGAAGAGAGUUGCAGAAGAUACAGAAAGUCGCUGUGACACAGAUGGAUCUCCUUCAAAACACAGAUCGUCUUCCACUCGCAGGCUGGUGGGAUCUGCUGAGAAGGAGGGAUUGUUUGAACCUAUUUCCAAGGAUAGAGGAAACAGCACCAGUGUGGCAGCCCUAAGGUCCAAUUUUGAGAGGAUUAAAAAGGGCAAUUCGCAUCAUUCUGGAGAUAACAAGGAUGUUGUUGAAAAACCCUUUUAUGUAAACAUGGAGUAUCAUCAUGAGAAAGGUCUAGUGAAGGUCAACGAUAAAGAUGUUUCUGAUAAAAUAAGCUCUCUUGGUAGUCAAGCCAUGCAAAUGGAACGCAAAAAGUCCUUACACUCCCUUCCUUCAAACAUGGUACCCAGCUUCAAUGAAUUCCAGCGGCCUGCUUACAGGGGGAGGUCCUCAGAGAGCAGUUUUGGCUAUGAUGGAGAAUAUGAAGAUGCUGAACUGAACCCCAGGUUUCUCAAAGAUAAUCUGAUAAAUGCCAAUGGCAGCAACCGCUCACCUUGGCAGCCCAUGGACUUUCAACCCUAUCAAAGUAUCUAUGUUGGUGGAAUGAUGGGGGAGACAGAAGGGAAAGGACCUAUCCUGAGAAAUCAGGGUACAGCGGACCAGGAGAAACAUCUCACUUGGCCCAGGAGAUCUUAUUCCCCCAGGAGUUUUGAAGACAUUGGAGGAGGGUAUACUCCUGACUGUAGCUCUAAUGAGAACCUUACCUCCAGUGAGGAAGAUUUCUCUUCAGGGCAGUCCAGCCACGUCUCCCCCAGCCCUACCACUUACCGCAUGUAUCGGGAUAAAAGUCGUUCUCCCUCCCAGAACUCUCAGCAGUCCUUUGACAGUAGCAGUCCACCAACUCCCCAGUCUCAGAAACGGCACAGGCAGCAGCAGGUCAUUGUAUCUGAGGCUACUAUUGUGGGCGUACGAAAAACGGGACAGAUCUGGCCGAGUGAUGGAGAUUUGCCUUCUGGGAGAUGUCAUCAUGACAGCCUCUUCCAUGGAGAUGCAGAUGCUUCAUUCAGUGGCACACCACCCAGCUAUGCGUAUGAUGCAGACCGUGCUGAAGAACAGAGGCGACAUCAUGAUAUGAUGCCCUACAUCGAUGACUCGCCAUCGUCUUCCCCCCAUCUCAGUUCCAAGAGUCGAGGCAGCAGAGACACCCUGUCUUCAGGGUCUCUGGAAUCUACAAAAUCAAGUGAGCCAGAUCUGGAGAAAGGCCUGGAGAUGAGAAAAUGGGUCUUGUCAGGAAUCCUGGCCAGUGAGGAAACCUAUCUGAGCCACUUGGAGGCUCUGCUGCUGCCUAUGAAGCCUUUGAAAGCAGCUGCCACCACCUCUCAGCCUGUGCUGACUAGUCAGCAGAUUGAGACAAUAUUUUUCAAAGUGCCUGAGCUCUAUGAGAUCCACAAAGAAUUCUAUGAUGGACUCUUUCCCCGAGUGCAGCAGUGGAGUCACCAGCAACGUGUUGGAGACCUCUUCCAAAAGCUGGCCAGCCAGCUGGGAGUGUACCGGGCCUUUGUGGAUAACUAUGAAGUUGCCAUGGAGACAGCAGAGAAAUGCUGCCAAGCCAAUGCUCAGUUUGCUGAAAUCUCUGAGAAUCUAAAGGCUAGAAGCACAAAGGAAUCUAAAGAUCAGACGACGAAAAAUUCCUUGGAAACUCUGCUAUACAAGCCAGUGGAUCGAGUGACUCGCAGCACACUUGUACUGCAUGAUUUGCUCAAGCACACUCCAGUGAGCCACCCUGAUCAUCCACUCCUGCAGGACGCCCUGCGGAUCUCGCAGAACUUCCUUUCCAGCAUCAAUGAGGAGAUCACUCCUCGUCGGCAGUCCAUGACUGUAAAGAAGGGGGAGCACCGGCAGCUCCUGAAGGACAGUUUCAUGGUGGAGCUCGUUGAGGGGGCUCGCAAACUACGUCACGUCUUUCUUUUUACUGAUCUGUUCCUGUGUGCCAAGCUCAAAAAGCAGAUUGGAGGAAAAAGCCAGCAGUAUGACUGCAAAUGGUACAUCCCACUCACUGACCUUAGUUUCCAAAUGGUGGAUGAGUCCGAGGCAGUUCCCAACAUCCCACUGGUACCUGAUGAGGAACUGGAUGCCAUGAAAAUCAAGAUAUCCCAGAUCAAGAAUGAUAUCCAGCGUGAAAAGAGGGCCAAUAAGGGCAGCAAGGUCAUUGAGAGGUUGAAAAAGAAGCUCUCAGAACAGGAAUCACUCCUGCUGCUGAUGUCUCCCAACAUGGCUUUCCGGGUGCACAAUCGCAAUGGCAAGAGUUACACGUUCCUCAUUUCAUCGGACUAUGAAAGGGCAGAGUGGAGGGAGAACAUCCGGGAGCAGCAGAAGAAAUGCUUUAAAAGCUUCUCACUCACAUCAGUGGAGCUCCAGAUGCUGACAAAUUCCUGUGUGAAACUCCAGACAGUUCACAACAUUCCCCUCACUAUCAAUAAGGAAGAUGAUGAAUCUCCAGGUCUCUAUGGAUUCCUGAAUGUCAUUGUCCACUCUGCCACAGGAUUCAAGCAAAGUUCAAAUUUGUAUUGCACGUUAGAGGUUGAUUCUUUUGGGUAUUUUGUGAACAAGGCCAAAACCAGGGUGUACAGAGACACCACGGAGCCCAACUGGAAUGAGGAGUUUGAGAUUGAGUUGGAAGGCUCACAGACUCUGCGGAUUUUGUGCUAUGAAAAGUGCUACAACAAAAUGAAGCUCACCAAAGAGGAUGGAGAGAGCACAGAUCGCAUAAUGGGAAAAGGACAGAUCCAGCUGGACCCACAGACACUGCAGGACAAGGACUGGCAACGCACAGUCAUCUCAAUGAAUGGAGUUGAAGUGAAGCUGUCAGUGAAGUUUACCAGUCGAGAGUUCAGCCUGAAGAGGAUGCCAUCACGGAAACAGACGGGGGUCUUUGGGGUCAAGAUUGCUAUUGUCACCAAGAGGGAGAGAUCAAAGGUGCCUUACAUUGUGCGCCAGUGCGUGGAGGAGAUAGAGCGCCGCGGAAUGGAGGAGGUGGGCAUCUACCGCGUCUCGGGGGUCGCAACCGACAUCCAGGCUUUGAAAGCGGCCUUUGAUGUCAAUAACAAAGAUGUGUCAGUGAUGAUGAGCGAGAUGGAUGUUAAUGCUAUUGCAGGCACAUUGAAGCUGUACUUCCGAGAGCUGCCUGAACCUCUCUUUACAGAUGAGCUGUACCCCAACUUUGCAGAGGGCAUUGCACUUUCAGAUCCCGUUGCAAAGGAAAGCUGUAUGUUGAAUCUAUUGUUAUCACUUCCAGAACCCAACCUUGUCACAUUCCUUUUCCUUUUGGACCACUUAAAAAGGGUUGCUGAGAGGGAGAGCAUUAACAAGAUGUCCCUGCAUAAUCUUGCAACUGUCUUUGGACCAACGCUGCUCAGACCUUCAGAGAAGGACAGUAAAAUCCCUGCCAACCCAACCCAGCCUAUAACAAUGACUGAUAGCUGGUCACUAGAAGUCAUGUCCCAGGUUCAAGUUCUUCUGUACUUCCUGCAGCUAGAGACCAUCCCUACCCCAGACAGCAAGAGGCAAAGUAUUCUCUUUUCCACCGAGGUGUAGAUGUCUGUGAUGCCGACAGGACUCCAAAACAAACCACACCACAAACCCAACCUGUUCUUGGCAUGGAUCUGCCACUCUUGAAAAAAGGAAGACUGGUGUUUCUUCAGACAUUUCUGGCCUGUUCCUGUUCUGGGGAAUUACGGCCCUCAGUGCUUCUGCUGUUUGUUAACCAGUGGCAAGCUGAAGAGAAGGUAGAAAAAUACCUGCUUUUGAUCAGGAGAAUGAGAAUCGAAGUGGAGAUAGAGCUGUGCAGAACCUCCACUAGAAGGAGCAAUAGACACUUGAACAGAUGCACCACGGAGUGUGGCUGUUACUCUUGUUGGGAAUGUGAUGGAAGGUAUUCCUCAUUUUAUGGAUUUGUCAUAAAGAAACGUCAAGAUUUCUAAUGGACCACUUGAUAGGACACCCUUUUUUGGGUGAGAGGGAGUUAAAGGAUCUAUCACAACUGUGUCUUUAAUAACUGCUGUUUUUAAAGUACUGUUCUAGGCUACAAAAAUAGCAUUGCUUUGCAAGAAGAGGAAAGAAGGGAAGGGUCUGGGAUCUAAGACACCCUCCUCUGAAAUUGAAGUCCUGACCUGAACAGGGUUCUAAAGAAGUGAAACAGUUUUGCAUACAACUCAAACUUUUUUAUUUGUCUUGCCCACCCCUUCUCCUGCAGAUGUUUAUACAAGGAGAUGCUGUGCUCUUGCCUGUGUUGCACUUCUGAUGGAGUGGAUUUUUUGGGGGGUGGGGGUGUUGAAGGGCCCAGACUCAAUGAUUUUUCACUACAAAUAAAUACAGCAAAUUAAAGAGAGGCAGGGACAGUUUGAGUCAGUGCUUUGUGAUUCGUUGGUUGUUUGCAUAUAAAAGCAGGAGCAAUAUUAUCCAGAGAGGAUUGCUGAAUUCCUUAGACUCUGCCAAACUUAAUGAAAAUUAAUUGGGAAGGCUGUUAAUUCCCAACACUCCAAAGAAAAGAUGUUAACACUGCAAAAAUAAUUGAAGCAUUCGUGGACAAAACAAAUUAUUAGUGGUUAUCAGGUUGCCUGGCUGCUUACUCCUAUCAGAACAUAUUUUUUAAUAUAUAGAUAUAUACUUGAAUUUUGGAGGCUUUGUACAUGCAUUGCUUCUACGCGAGUCAUCUUCUGAUAGCUGCUUUGAUAAAUAUGUCAGAAUGUACUUUAUGGACAGCCUAGCCAGUAGCAUGUAUGUGUCCUCUUCAGAAAUGUCAAGCCUGUGUUAAGUAAGAGCAGUGAAGGGAUUUCUGUGGAACCACACGGAGCUGUACAGCAGGUCUCACUAAAUACUGGGCUGGUGUCUUCCUGCCUAACUUGGUCAGAGCCACGGGGGUUACACAGGUGUAAAGGACAGCAGUGUUUGUCUAGGGAACUGAAAGCAAAAUCUCAUUGCUGGCAUCCAGAGCAAAGUGUUCUGGCUAUGAAGCAGCUGUGCCAAACGUCCUGGGAGAGGUGGGAAUCACUCCAUUGUCAUUAACAACUCCAGCCCCCGUUGCUUCAUACCCAGUUAUGCAGCAUCCGUUUGGUGGCAACCAUCCAGGCAAGAAGAAGAGUGCAGCAUGAAGACAAGGGGAGGAAUCAGCAUGGAGAAAGGGAGGGAAGGACAGAUCUUGAUUGGUGUAGUUGGGUUGCCAACAUCACUUGAGGAGAAACGCCACAGAGAAAGCAACCCCCGUGAUGCUGAAUUUUAUGUUUUCUGAUGAGUGACCUGCAGUGUCUCAGUUACAAAAAUACAUAUAAAAAACCACCAACAAAGGAGUCUUUCAAACAAAUGGAGAGAAAGAAAUAAUGGAAGGGAAAUGAUUUUGUAGUCAAUGUAAUUUUGACUGCUGCAUAAUAUUAGAAAAUAUUGUACUGUGAAGUUACAAAUUCAAAAAGGAAAAAAAUAGAAAUUCUGAUUUUGUGAGUAUAUCAACAUUUUGCAUGCUAUGUAAGGAUCCUUAUAGGAAUUUAAUAUUGCUUAGUAUCCCUCCCUUCUUAGGUCUGGGAGCAAACCUCUUUGUAAUGUAAUGUACAACUAGAAAUUCCUUCUCUCUUAUAUGUAUUUCCAUUACAUUCCGACUUCUGAAUCUGGAAAACAGAAAACAUGUUUAUAGUAGGAGGUGCUUUUGGGGGGAGGGAGGGGAUGAAGGCAAGAAAACUUGAAGGCUUAGCAUUUUUUAUAUUUAUUUCUGUCUUUUUUGAAGGUAAAAAUUAGUCACAAUCUUGACAACUUUCGACUUAAGUCAGGCAGACCAGUAAACCACACCGUGGUUUUGGUUUUAUGUAUUUGUUCUCAUUUCCACCUAGCAGAUCCAUACCAAUCCUUUUCCUGCUGGCUGCACAGCUGCCCAUUCCAAGCUGCUGUGUGGUGCAUCUGAGGCAGUGGCGCUGCUGCUGACUGCACUGGAAGGAAAAAAGGCCCACAGACCAACAGCAGGAGCAAAGCGCAGGAGACGGUCGGGUGCCAGAGCCCCUUCCUUUCCGUGUUCAGAAUCUGUGGCUGCCCUUUGCAGUGUUGAAACUGGAAAGCAAUACCAUAAUGACUGUGCCAAUUUACUUUUACCCCGUUUUUUAUUUUUAUUUAUAUAGGAAAUUAAUAUUAAUAUUAAGUUACUGAUGUACGGCGUGUAACUAUGAGAAAUGGCUUUUGCUUGGUUACUGUUACAGGUUGUUGCUUUAGUCUCUCAAUUACGAUGCUCAGUUCUAAUGUAACGUAAUCUAACAUGCAGGCAUGUGGAUCAGGGAAAAAAAGGUAAUUUAACGUAACCCAUUAAUUAUUUCUGUUGAGUAUGUUUUCCCCAAAGCUGGUAAUUUUGGGCUGGAAAAAACAGCGGAUGUUUCUGCUAAUGAUGAAAUCAUGGACUGAUUUGAAAUAUGAGAAUUGAUUUUUUUUGAAUUUCUGUUAAUUUUGCAAUUGAAGUUUUUCUUCAGAUAGACAUUUGUGUUCAGAAAUGAAGCGUUUCCAAAAGGCUUUUGUAUUCUUUUCCAAGGGAUGCUGUGGGCCUGGGUUUUUUUUAAACUUUGUUGUGUUUUUAAUAAGCCUUAUCACACUUACAACAUAAAGGGGCUUGUAAAAACAUGGCUUUACAGAGGGUCUUCUGAUUUAAGAGCUGUGUCAGAAAACCUAACUUCUGCAUUUCCCGUAAGAAAAUAUACAAUGUACAAUAUAAACAACGUAAGAGCAAAUUACCCUUUAAAACUGCACUGAGUUUGUGUUCUUUCUGUUUCUAUUGCAUUGGAAAGAAAUUUCUAAAGAAGCAGCUUUCAGCUACGUGCAGCUGAAACAUCAACAGCUUCAGCAGAAAUACUGCAGGUCGUUAGGACAGACUGUGCCUCCAGUUUGAGAAAGAAGCAUAGGUUUCUUGGCAGUUAGAAACUAUUCUAAAAUUCUCUUUACAAAAAAAAAAAAAAACAGUGAUCAGUUUUUGUUGUUUUUUUUUAAUUAAAAAGUAAAGCAAAAUAAGGGAAAAGGUUUUAAUGAUGGGCAAGAAGAAAAUAGUGCUACAUCAUUCUGAGCUUUGUUUUGUGUGUGCUUUUCGUGGGAGGGUGUUGAAAUUAAACUGAAACACAUCCAUUGAAAUGCUGCUGGUGUUCUUUAUCCUUGCACAACUUUAAGCAAGUUGAGGUGCAGCCAAGCUAUUGCAGGCUUCUAACGCUGCUAUUUUUUUGUAUAUCAGCUAAGGGCAAAGUACAGCUGUGCACUGACUGUAUUUGCUGAUGCCAACUGCUCGCCUUGAUUCCACCUUUCCAUUGCUCAUAGUAAGGCUGUCAGCGUGCAGAUGAAGCAGAACUGCAAUGUGUUGCGUUGGCCACGAGGUGGUGGAACCACAGAGUGUUUGAUGGAAGCUGCAGUAUUUCCACAGCUUAUUCAUUUUAGCUGUUUAAAAUUGUGUCUCACCUUUGAGUUACUUUUAUAUGAGUUUAUUUAAAUGGCUGUACUGUUCUGCAAAGCAUACGUGGAGCUCUAAGCUUGCCUGUCACCCACUGUAACACUGGAAGGCAUGGCAACUUGUUCAUUUCUCUCAAUGUACCGUUCUUGAAGUAUGCACAGAAUGUAAAUUGACCAGCACGGCUUUCAGAGAUACUGAAAAUCUGAUGGAGAAAAAAGCGACCCUCUCUGGUUCCUCACUGGUUGCUGAGUCCUUUGUUUUCGGGGCUUGUUCUGCUGAGGCAGUGCUGUCAGAUGUGGCAUUCCCACCAUGGCAAUGUUAGGAAGAAGUGGAAAACAUUUCCCACUCUUUCUCUCUUCAAUUCAAAAAGAGAAACUUGCAGUAAUAGAAGACCAACGCAUUCACGCUAGAUUUGAGGGAUUUGCUUCUGUUCCUUGCAGAAAAAUCUGAAAAAGGAAGUAAAUAUGUUCAAAAUAAUCAAAAUUUGGAGUCGUUGGCAAGUCAGUCACUUACUUGUUCCUCCUUAGGUUUUUGUUUAGUCCAGGUACGUUUUGCUUUGGAAGCUUUGCUAACGUCCCUUUGUAGUGCUGCCUGAAAAAUCAGAUACCAUCCACUUCCUUUAACACGGGGUUCUUGCAGCUGAGAUCACGGAGCCUUACAAUUAAUAUCAGCAAUCUUCCAUUCGCAGCCAGAGUUAAAUGGAUACCUGUGUGCAUUCCAUCGAAGUUUUCACUGGGUAGAUGAAAGUACGUGGAUCUUCCUUAAAAUCAAGAAAGGACUGCUGAUAGGAGGUACUCACAGCUAAGUAUUAUUUCUUACCAAAGUCUUAGGGAAGAAAGAUGACAUAAAUUGAAAAAAAAAAAAAAAAAACAACCAAAAAACAAUUAGGAAU